AUGGCCAACCCCCGAGUUGAAGAGCUCCCCGACGAGGAGCCCCAGAAGACCGUCGUCGAGGACCACGAGGACGACAGCAGCGAUGAGUCUGAGGCUGAGACCGGUGCGCCCUCUGGCACCGCUGCCGUGGUCCACUCCCGCAACGAGAAGAAGGCCCGCAAGGCUCUCGAGAAGCUGCAUCUGACCAGAAUCCCUGGCAUCACCCGCGUCACCCUCCGCCGCCCCAAGAACAUGCUCUUCGUCAUCAACACCCCCGAGGUCUACAAGUCUCCCAACAGCAACACCUACAUUGUUUUUGGUGAGGCCAAGAUCGAGGAUAUCAACGCCACCGCCCAGCAGGCUGCCGCUGCCCAGCUCGCCGCCGCCAACGCUGAGGACCACUCCGGCCACAGCCACGCCGAGCCCAGCAAGGCCGGCGAGUCAUCCGAUGCCAAGAAGGACGAGGAGGAGGAGGAGGAGGAUGAUGACGAGGAGGUCGACGCCGAGGGCAUCGAGGACAAGGACAUUGAGCUGGUCAUGACCCAGGCCAACGUCAGCCGCAACAAGGCCGUCAAGGCCCUGAAGGAGAACGACAACGAUAUUGUCAAUUCAAUCAUGGCACUGAGUAUCUAA